AUGAGGAUGGGAGGCGUGAAGCGCCGGGCCGCCGCCGAUGCUGUUCUCAACGCCUGUUACCGGGGCUGCCGGCUGUUCUCCAUCUGUCACUUCGUGGAUGCGAGCGCCGAGCUCAACACGACCAGAGCCGAGUGCGAGGCAGCCUGUGCUGAAGCCUAUGGAAACGCAGAGGAGCAGUUUGGGUGCGUGACCGGGUGCCGCAAGCAGCUGCCCGAGGUGGAGGAGAGCAGGAAGGAGAAGAGCGUGGAGCUGAAAGCGCCGUCGUUUUCCAUGUUGGAUUUGGUCUCCACCUUCUGCAACGACAUCGUCAGCUCUGCCCAGAGCUUCAUCUCCUCCACCUGGACCUUCUACCUGCAGGCGGACGAUGGCAAAGUCGUGGUGUUUCAGUCCCAGCCCGAGAUGGAGUACCCAGCACCCGAGGUCCUGGAGAUCCAGCCAGCGCAGCCGGGGUCGGGAUCGGGACCCAGCCCUGCUGUCCCCCAGCCCCACACAGGCCCCCGGGCAAAGGGGGACAAGCCCCCCGUGAAGGAGCCGCGGGGCAAAGCCAAGGCGCACCCCCCGGAGCCCCCGCAGCAGGAGCACGACUUCCUGGGCUGCAUGUCCAAGCGCUCGGGCCUUCCUCGCUGGAUCCUGGCCGCCUGCCUCUUCCUCUCCAUCAUGGUGAUGCUGUGGCUCAGCUGUGCCAGCCUGGUGACCGCCCCCGAGCAGCACGUCAAGACCCAGCCUCUGAGCAUCAACGGGGACAAGGAGUACCUGGAGGACCUGGGUGGCCCCGGCGCCUUCCCCCUGCCGCCCGUCAUCACCGUCACCCUGUGCCCCGCGCACGGCGGGGACGACGCGGGGCCGCUGCCCCUCAAAGUCGACCUGGACAAGACCAUCCUGUAGCGCUCCCGCCCCUUCCACCGCCUCCUCCGACCCCUCACCAUCCCCACGGCAUCGCCCCCGGCCCCGCCCGGCUCCCCGCGCCCCCCGCUCCCGGACGGGCACCUCCCGCUCCCCUCCCGGGCACGGCCGCUCUGGGCAGGCUCCGGGAGCGGGCAGCGGCUCUGCCUCCCCCAGGGAUGUGCCGAGAGCCGGGAUCCCGGCUCGCAGGGCCGAGAGCGGAGCUGCCGGAGCGGGGAGGCCGGAGGGAGCCCGGCCCCGGAGCGGGACUCUGCCUCCUCCCGCCCGGAGCCGCCGGGGCCCCGCAGCCCUCCGGGCACGGCUCCAGCGCUGGGCAGGAGGGAGCCGGCUGCGGUGGGGGAUGGAGAGUGUCUGCAGCCUUCUGAGCUUUGGCUCGGCACAUCCCCGGCCUCCCACCUUGGGCUGAGCCUCCGAGGCGCCGGCCCCGGCCCUGGGAACUCCCUUCCGCCGGCCGGAGCCGAUUGCCUCGGGGAGCCGAAACGUGGCGAAUGGAUUUGGCGUUGGCAGCCGGAGACGGGAGCGGAUCCCGCCGCCUCCGUGCCCACGCCAGCACCCGGCCAGCCCCUUCCCGGAGCUGUGCAGGGGCCCUGGCAUGGCUCCUUGCCCUCCCUGCCCCGUGAUGCCCUCGGGGAGAUGGCCCUGGUGCCAACAAGCAGGGGAUGAGGCGGCGUUUCCCUGACUCCGAGCUCGGACAGGAGGUGGGAGCUGCUGGGACGGCUCCAUCCCGGGCUCGGCAUCCCGUAGGGAUGGCUCCAUCCCGGGCUCGGCAUCCCGUAGGGAUGGCUCCAUCCCGGGCUCAGCACGCCUGCCCCGUGCUGGAGCAGCCUGCGGGGCUGUAGCUGAGGCACGGCCGUCUCUGUGUCCCUGGGCUCACAGCGCUGCCCUCAAAGUGGGCGGUGGGCCCAAGCACGGCUCCCCUCGGCUCACCUGGCCCAGCCCCUGGCCAUGGAGGUGCCUCCCCGCUCCCCGUGUCCCCCCAUCCUGCACCACUCGAUCUCAUGCAUCGUUCCGUGGUUUGAUUCGCACCAGCACGGGGCUCCUCGCGCCCCACGGGGACACCCCUGUGCCGGUCCCGCCACCCCCGUGUCACCUAACGCGUCUGUACAGAUUAACUUAUUACCCCCGACCCUCCCCCGGGUGUUCGGGCUCUCUCUGUGCGCCGGCGGCUGCCGGGGGCCGUGGCGUGGUGGGGCCGGGGGCUCUCAUCCCCCUCCACGCCGGUUUUGUGCCGCUCUGUGUCACUUCCACCCAUCCAACAUAUCUGGCUUUGGGGAACCGGGUUGGGGGGAGGCGUGGGGGGGUCUCGUGUCCGUUUUGGGGUCCACUUUUCGUUGUUGCUUUCCGGCCGCGUGUGAAGCUCGGUGGAGUCUUUGAUGUUCCAGCCACGGCAGCUCCCCCGAUCCCCGGGCAGCAGCUCCGGGCCGUGGCGGAGCCCUCCCGGCCCCGGCGGAGCCCUCCCGGCCUCGCCUCCGAAGGGCAAACCCAGCCCUGAGCUGCGAGGGGGAGUACAAUAAAAGGUUUGUACCAGA